AUGGUAAAAUUGACCGGACUGUCAGUGGACCAUCCCGACCGUUUUGCCCUAUUGCCCUCUUUACCGAAGAACGCGCGAAUGACGCAAUCAUGACAAAAGUGUGUGCAGUAAACAACCCUCUUGACAGGACGUUCCUUUAUAUCUUGCGGAGAGUAUUUCUGCGCUUGUACACACUGUAGACGAUGGAAUCUACCCCAAGCAACUUGCUUAGAACGCCACGUGUGGUUUGUCGCAUGGAUGGACGUGACAUAUUUAUUGAGGUCGAGGAGGCCAGCGGUCGGGGUACGCUUUGGAGUUCGGGGCGGGACCUCGUCAUUGAGCUGGGGACGAUGUUGCCCUUGGACCAUGGUAGGGUAGAAAGGGCGGUGGAAGGCCAAGUAAGUUUGGCCAGGAGGAGAGGGGGCCUAGGGUUUGUAUCUGAGGUCAGGAAGUACGGCCAUCAAAUUCUUAGUGAUUCGUUCAUUAAGAGGGUGUUGGCCGGUCCUGAAAAACAACGGAGGACCCCUGGGGCUUCACUGAGCGGGAGGCCCCGGGGUACUGUAGAGUUGCCCAGAUCGAGACCAACGCCGGCUCCGAAUCUGACAGCGCUGGACUUCCCUGCGUUGCGAGGGUGAAGGUCGAACCUGAGGAGGAGGCAUUUGUCUCCGAUUCGACAUCGCUGGUUGUCCCUGAGUCGCCAGUGAGGUUGGUGGAGGUCAAGGCCGAGCCUGAAGGGGAGGCCUUCAUGGCCUCGCAGCCAUCAGCACUGGACUUCCUUGUGUCGCCAGUGAGGUUGGUGGAGGCUGCGUGCAAGGUUUGCCCCGAAGAAGGGGUCAUCAUCAUCUCAGAUGAGGAAGACAUGGAGGUUGAUGCUCCUUUGGCGGCUAACCUUGACCAGGAAAUUGUGGGGGAACCCGGUAUUGCACGGUCUAUAGAUGAAGUGGCAGAGCCCGCAGGGGCAAUGUCAUUUCAAGGUAGGAUGAUAAGAGGUAUGGACCGGUGUGAGAGACGGUCCAGGCCUCUUGAUAGAGGGGCAGAGUUAAAUGGAGGGGUUGGGACCAGGGAUAGAUCCCGGUCCCAGCAGGAUGAUGUGGGUUUUAAGAGGAAAAAGACCCAGGGUUGUCCCGUGUGUGGAUUAAGGGAAAGAUCGAUAAGACACCAUGUUGAGGCCCGGCAUUUUCCGCCUGUGUUUCGUCGGGAGGCAUGGGAGAAUCCGGAAAAGGACCAUGUGCGGUUUAGAGGGGUAAUAUGCGUCAUCAAUAGUCUGGGUCUCCAGAGCUUUGAUGAGGCUAUGCUUUUCGUGGGCCGCCAGAGGUUAUCAAUUUCGGAGCAGUCCUGCCUGAACGACAAGGACCAGGUCUAGUUAGAAAGGGUCUCUCGCAGGUUUAUGUUUUACAUUCCCCCUAUAUUCCACGUUGCACGGGUUAACUCGCGAGCGCUCCUCUUCCACUGAAGAGUGUUGGCCGCGUUGCUGAAGCUAUGCAGCCAAGAGGUAAGAGACGAUUUCCUUGCCCAAAGGUUUGGCAGGCGGCGCGGCGUGGUCCAGGUGACUGGGUCGACUCAGGCAACUGAGUUGAUGCAGAGAUCCGGACCAGAUUGUUGUGUGGCGGCCCAGGCUACUGGGUCGACUCAGGCAACUGAGUUGGUGCAGGGAGCCGGAUCAGAUCGGAGUGUGGUCAUGGAGGCUCAGGCGACUGUGUCGAGUCCAGAGAUGGAUUUGAUUCAGAGACCCGAGACAGUCAAUUGUGUAGCAAAAGGGGCCCAGGUGAUGGCGUUGGCUCAAGUGGCAGAGUCGGUUCCAGAGCCCGGGUCUCUAGGGAAUGAGCGUGAAUUGGGUGAUGACUUUGAAAUUGUACCUGUGGUUCAAGAGUGGAUUUCGGUUAGGAAUGCUGAACUCACCGCGUUCGACAGCCACUUUCACUUGGACCGCAGUUGUAAGACGACCAAGGUUGGUUCUAUUGAGGCGUUGGUGGGGCAUACCGUGUGGCCAAUGCCUGAGGUACCAGUGCGUGUAAAUGGGGGAGUUGCAGUUUUCUGCGAUCCACCCAACUACCCAAGGGAAUAUCCCAGUGUCACUGGUUUCGGGUCGGCUGUCGGGGUACAUCCUAAGGCGCCUCUAAGGGACGUUAAAGGGGUGGUAGGACAGGUGGAGAGAGAGUUGAGGAAGGAUGGGGUGGUAGCGCUUGGAGAGAUCGGUUUAGACAGAACCGUGUCUGAAAGAGAGUGGGGUAGGCAGGAGGAGAUGUUUGUAGGGCUGUUGGAGCUGGCUUGCCCUAGGCUAGCCGACCGACUCCUAGUUGAGACCGAUUCUCCUUACUUGCGAGUCUGAAGUAAGAAAGACAAUACUCCGGCGUACGUGGGUGAAGUUGCAAAUACGGUGGCCCAGAUCCGAAAGGAGACCCUCAGGGAGAUAUUGGGCACUACUGCUGAGAACGGCAGGCGUCUCUAUAACCUGUAGGGGUCGGAUACUGGAAACAGUCUGUUGGCGAGUUGGGGAUCGAACCAUAUGAGGGUGACGCGUUUGCGCGCGCCCUUUAACUAGUGAUUGAGGCGGUCGGAUGUCUGUUAAACACUGGCCAAGGGGCGUCGAUAAUAGAAUGUGUCAGGAUUCAGUAAUGUGGUCUAUGCUUAAGGACACGGUUGGUCAAAUUAUCAAAUGAGUGCUCUGGGUUUCAAAAUAAAUAAAUAAAAUACAAAGGUCACAUGGUGAUAAAUAAAUAAAAUACAAAAGUCACAUGGUGAGUGGGUAAUGCAAAGGAAAAAACUAGUCAGGAAUGUUUCUGUAAGUAUGAGAUUAUAUUGUGUGGUCUUGGAACGUGGUAUAGGGGUGUGGCAGACUGUCUUGGCGGGGUGAAGAGGAGGGCUAUAAAAUGGGGAGGAAUAUGGUAAAAUUGACCGGACUGUCAGUGGACCAUCCCGACCGUUUUGCCCUAUUGCCCUCUUUACCGAAGAACGCGCGAAUGACGCAAUCAUGACAAAAGUGUGUGCAGUAAACAACCCUCUUGACAGGACGUUCCUUUAUAUCUUGCGGAGAGUAUUUCUGCGCUUGUACACACUGUAGACGAUGGAAUCUACCCCAAGCAACUUGCUUAGGUAAGUUCUAUAGUGUUUUAUAGCAUAAGUACUAUACU